AUGGUGAUGAACUACAAGGAGGUAAAUGCACUCACUAUCGCUCCGGAUUUCCCACUGACCCCCAUCUCAACCAUCUUGGAGAUGCUGGGAGGUGCCACAUAUUUCUCAUCUCCGGAUCUGGAGUCGGGGUACCAUAAGAUAAGGAUGGCAAGGGAAGAUCAGUGGAAGACCUCUUUUCGUCCAGUCAUCGGCCUGUUCGAAUACAAGGUGAUACCCGUUGGUCUUAAGGGCGCACCUGCAAAGUUUCAAGCAAACAGCCAACUCCUAUCUACAACCGCUACUAGGCCAAGGGACUACGCUGCAGUAGCCCGCCCCCUUGUCGACCUCACGCGCAAGGGGGUCCCUUUCCGGUGGACUGAAGCACAUACACAGGCAGUACGCCAACUCAGGCAAAAGCUCAUUGAUUACACUACGCUCCAGAUUCCCGACACCGUGAAGCCCUUGAGCCUUUUCACCGACGCUUCUGGUUUCGCUUUGGGCGCAGUACUGGAGCAGGAAGGAAGGCCAAUAGGUUUCCUGAGUCAAACUAUGAGUCCCGCACACAUGAAGUGUUAUAUCUACAACCAUGGGUUCCUGGCCCUCGUUACCGCACUUGAUAAGUGGGCCCACCUGCUUCGGGCGUCGAAAGGCACGGCUUAA